AUGUCAAUAGUCUACAAUAAAACACCACUAUUACGCCAAUUCUUUCCCGGAAAGUCUCCUGCGCAAUUUUUCUUGAAAUAUGAAUGCCUUCAACCAAGUGGCUCCUUCAAAAGCAGAGGAAUCGGUAACCUCAUUAUGAAAAGUGCCAUCCGAAUUCAAAAGGACGGUAAAAGAACUCCUCAAGUUUUCGCUAGUUCUGGUGGUAAUGCCGGUUUUGCUGCUGCAACAGCAUGUCAGAGACUAUCCUUACCAUGUACAGUCGUAGUUCCUACAGCGACAAAGAAAAGGAUGGUAGAUAAAAUUAGGAACACCGGUGCCCAUGUUAUCGUGAGUGGCGCCUACUGGAAAGAAGCAGAUACUUUCUUGAAGACAAAUGUCAUGAAUAAAAUAGACUCCCAGGUCAUUGAGCCGAUUUAUGUUCAUCCCUUCGAUAAUCCGGAUAUUUGGGAAGGACAUUCUUCUAUGAUAGAUGAAAUAGUUCAAGACCUGAAAUCCCAAAAUAUUUCGAUGAAUAAAGUUAAAGGUAUAGUAUGCAGCGUUGGUGGCGGCGGUUUGUAUAAUGGUAUUAUUCAAGGUUUGGAAAGGUAUAGUCUAGCCGAUAGGAUCCCUAUUGUGGGGGUGGAGACAAAUGGAUGCCACGUCUUCAAUACUUCUCUAAGAAUAGGCCAACCAGUUCAGUUCAAGAAGAUAACAAGUAUCGCUACUUCUCUAGGGACCGCCGUCAUAUCUAACCAAACUUUCGAAUACGCUCGCAAAUAUGACACCAGAUCCAUUGUCAUAGAGGACAAAGAUGUCAUUGAAACCUGUCUCAAAUAUACGCAUCAGUUCAAUAUGGUGAUCGAACCAGCAUGUGGCGCUGCAUUGCAUUUGGGUUAUAACGCCAACAUAUUGGAGAAGGCGCUGGGCAUGAAAUUAGCCGCGGACGACAUUGUGAUAAUUAUUGCCUGUGGCGGAUCUUCUAACACCGUAAAGGAUUUGGAAGAAGCAUUGGAUAACAUGAGAAAAAAAGACUCUCCCGCAAUUGAAGCUGCUGACAACUUCAUCUUUCCAGAAAAGACUACCGUUAACUUAAAAAGUGCUUGA